AUGGCCGAUGCUGCUGGUGUACCAUCACCCAAAGUUAUCUAUGCUAUUGCUGUAGGUGCGGGAUGCGAGAUGGCUGCUGACCAGGAGCCCUGGACAAGUUUUCCAACAUUUGCUGAGAUGAGGAUGGCAUACCCCUUCGACCAUCGAAAAAGCCCCCAUUCGAGGCGCACAGAGUCUGGCUUCCCGAGAGUUAUAAACCACAUCACAUCGCUCCGCGACAGAUCAUUGCAAAAUGGACCAACUUGGCUGCUUUUUCUUACGAAAUAUACGCCAGCAUUUUACUAUCCCUUGGGAAUAUGUACAGCAUUUCCGCUAGCCCUUGAGAUGAUUCGGCUGAGCAAAAUCCAGGCCGGACCACUUACGAACGCCCUCCUGCAUCGAUUAUUCUUAGGCUCGGUCGCCUACGAGGCGUCGGUGAAAGGUACAGCUGUGGUCGUAUCUAUCGACUACACGGUACUCGCGAUUGCCGGUCUGAUUUUUUGGGGCGGAAUUCGUGGUAUACCAUCUCAGGGCCCUGUAAUCCGUGAGGUUAUAAUCCAUGCAUUUCUUGUUAUCGUAACGGCAGGGUUUGCCGCAGUGAUGUCGCGUUAUAGUUGGUUUGACCUCUACACCAUCGCCAAAAUUAAUCAGCCGGGUUUUCCUCGCCAAAGCUGCGUCAUGAUGGCCUAG